AUGGCAAGUGAAGGAAUUUCAAGAGAAACCCAGAUGUCUAUAGAAGCGUCUUCAAUGUUUCCUGGGUUUAGAUUUUGUCCAACUGAUGCUGAAUUGAUUUCUUACUACUUGAAAAAGAAGCUGGAUGGCUAUGAGAAGUGUGUUGAGGUCAUUUCUGAGAUUGAAAUUUGUAGUUAUGAGCCUUGGGACUUACCAGCCAAAUCCAUCAUAAAGUCAGAAAACGAAUGGUUCUUCUUUUGUGCUCGUGGAAGGAAGUACCCAAAUGGUUCACAAAGUAGGCGGGCAACUGAACAGGGUUAUUGGAAAGCCACGGGGAAAGAACGUAAUGUCAAGUCAGGUUGUAAUGUGAUUGGUACGAAGAGGACUCUCGUGUUCCACACAGGUCGUGCACCAAAAGGGGAAAGGACAGAAUGGAUCAUGCAUGAAUACUGCAUGAAUGGAAAAUCCCAGGAUUCCCUAGUUGUUUGCCGCCUUAGGAAGAAUAGCGAAUUUCGUCUGAAUCACACUUCAAAUCAGGCUACUCGGCAGUUGCCAACUAUGCAUGACAGCAACCAUGCUACCUCGGAUGGUGGUACUGACCAGACUGGCAUGUCUGAAGGGGACAAGCUGGUUGAAUCCCCUUCAAAGAAGGCUACUAGCAGCUAUGAUUCUCAUUCUAUAGAGCAAAUCGAUUCUGCAUCUGAAUCUGAGCUAAAACUUUCUAAUGAUGUUGGACCAACAGAAUCUUCUACACCACUGAAGGAUUCUGAGGAUGAAGAAGAUUACUUUGCUGAGAUACUGAAAGAUGAAAUAAUCAAGCUUGACGAACCUUCAUUUUCAGCAGCAGCAACUGACAUCCUGCCUAUGAUUGCCAGCACUUCUGCAGCUGAGGGGAGUACUCAGCAGCCAAGGCAAGAAAACGUACCUCACGAACCCCAUUUCCAGGGCACAGCAAACCGGAGAAUCAAAUUGAGGAGGCCUAAGGCAGAUAUUCUUUGUGUCAACGCUUCAGGCCAUGUUGGUGGCAAGUCCCCGAAGUGUGAGGAGUCGCCAAAAUGUCUGCUAUCUCUAUUCUCACUAAGUACUGCCAAUCUCCGGCUCAUAUAUGCAACUUUUGUGAUCCUGACUUUGCUGGCUUUGUUUCUGUCUUCCCUCCCAAAACCCAACAUAAUUGACAAUGAAACGUCCGAUUUUGAGCCGGUACUUAAUGUUGACUUAGUAGGUGCAUUCUUGGGCACUAAACAUGCUGCUCGAGUCAUGAAACCGGCUCGUCGGGGCAGUAUAAUUACAACCGCUAGCAUAUAUUCAACAGUUGGUGGAAUUGCUUCCAAUGCCUACACUAGCUCAAAACAUGGCGGAGUAGGGCUAAUGAGAAAUGCAGCAGUGGAGCUGGGACAGUGUGGAAUUCGUUUCUACAUAAUGAUGUCAAGACCCAUGUUACUUGUUUUCCUAUUGCUUAUACUCAUAAUAACCUCACAGUUUGAGUGGAGACAACCACAUGUUGUUGAUAUUGACACAACCUCGAGUGUAACCCGGAAACAGCAACAAAUUUCAACGAGGGAAGAAGCUGUAAAAGAAAAGAUCAUCUUAUCACAAGAGAAGAACAUUCAGAGACUUAAUGAACUUGUGCGGAGUCUUCAGCAGCAACUAUUGCAGUGCAAGGGCAAUAAUAAGUCAAUAAAUGGCACUGGAAGCCAUUUGACUGAACAUGUCAUUGAGCUUGAACGGCAGCAGAUCUUGGAGGACUAGGCUAUGAUAUCUCAAAACAUAAGUUCUGAUUGCAGUGUGUUGAAAUUGUAAAAUCCUUGUAAGUUUGAAGUUCCAUUCCUUGUAAGUUAUAUGGUAUUUUUUUCCUCUUGUCCUCUCCAUCUCUUUUAAAAGGAAGCACUAAAGCUAUAAACAAUAUAGAUUGUCCAUCCUAUAAUCCAUAAUCAUUGCUACGUGACUGAUGUUCUUUGACUCAGCUACUUUGAGAGUAACUAAUAUUAUGAUGUUAUUGUAUUCUAUUAGAAAUAUGAUCAGCAUUGUUUAGUUCAUUGAGAGACACAACAACUAUAAUGAGAUGCAUGGUGUGAGAUGGCUCAAUAUGGGCCUAUGUUAGACUAUGUAAGUUGUUGCUUGU